AAAGUCUUUUCCGUUUUCUCGAAAAAAAAAAUAGUUCCUUGCUACAAUGCCGAGUACGGAUGCACCGUGAAGGUGACCUACUACCAGAAAGAAGAACAUGAGAAGGCAUGCCAGAAUGCCCCAUGCUUCUGCCCAGAGUCUGGUUGUGGCUUCGCUGGACCAAUACAGGUGCUCCUGGACCAUUUCACCACCGAGCACAAGUGUCCAUUGACAGUCCUCCCAGACUCUGCCACAACAUCUCUCCGUUUACAACUGGGCUUAAAUGUUCUGCAAUGCACCGAGACCAGCUACUUUUUCUUGCUCAGCAUGGCAUUAGAGCCUUUUGGACAUGCCAUCUCAGUCGUCUGCGUCCAACCAAACGUUAUAGAACCCAAAUUCUCAUGUACUAUGGACUACAACUGCAUGACAACGGGCUAUUGUGAAAGUACAAGUUGCCACAUAAGAAGCUCUUCGCUCUCUGAUGGGCUACCGACAGAGUAUGAUUUGAUAAUUCCCAAGGGAAAGAUUUCUGAUGAUCGAGAAGGCAUCAUGCUCACAACCACCAUUCAUCAACCUUUGAGAUUCAGCAGAUCCCGUCUUCGAGGAAAGGAUGCGACUCAACCUUUGAGAUUCAGCAGAUCCCGUCUUCUAGGAAAGGAUGCGACUCCUGCUUCUGAGACUGAUGAUGAGGAUAAUGUACCUUUACCUUUAACUUUGAGCUUUGGGUCUGAUGAUGCUGCCAGCGUCAUAGUUUAUGAGGAAGUCAGCCUCCUGGUGAUGCAUCUUCCAAGGGCUCUCCUGGUUGCUGUCUGCCUGAGAUCCAAAAUGAAAUAUUUUCCUGAAUCGUGCUGUGCCCAAUUAGAUGUUUGA